AUGUCUGUUAUGGACAACCAACAGUUUGUGGUUGGUAAAGACAUUGAUUUCGAGUUUUCAGGGUCGGGACCACAGCAUGAACCAAGUGCUCCGCUUGAAAAUGGGGCUGGAGCGUCAAAUGUGUCCAGUAAGAAAAAGCGAAAGAAAAAGAAGAAGAAAAGUAGCACGAAGGCGCAAGUACGACUGCAUGCCGACGGCCAGGGCUUGACUAUUGAUAACAUUGAUGCAACCAUGGAGUCUGAUCUUCUUGAGGCUGCGAAUACAGUAGCGCAGAGCCUCAGUGGCUCGAUGGAGAAGGCUGGUCCUGCUUUGAGGCGUGAUUCAUUGAAAUGGUCACUCGGUCGCCUUGAGAUGGUCGCUAAUCGCUCUAAAAAGAGUCCCUUCUGGGAUCUGAGUCCGGAUCAAAAGCACCAAAUACACAACUUUUGGAUCAACCUCAGCGAAGCCGAACGCCGUGAUCUGUUGAGGCUAGAGAAAGAACGGGAAGAUGUUUUGCGAAUAGACAAAAAAUUAUCCGAUACAAAGUACCGCCAAAAUCAUAAGACAUGUUCUUGUUCCGGGUGCGGGCGCAAGCGUAAUGCGUGGCAACACCGACAUGAGGGCGAGAUGGAGAAAAUAUACGACGAGUACUCCGCUGAACUCGAGUUUAUUGCUGAUUGCUUUACCAAGGGUAUGUUUACUGAGGAGCAUGAAUCCAAUGAAUCGGCAAACGAGUCUCGUAACCUUGCUGAGGAAAACACAUUCUCUUCCGUGGAGUUCGAAGCCGAUACCCCAGAUUAUUACGACGAAGAGGAUAUCCAAGAGGAAGCAGAGCUCCUUGCUGAGAUGACCGCGGAACGUCGUAAAAAUAAGGGCAAACGGUUAGGAGGCGGUAUUCUCUCAGUUGCUGAUGACUUAUUGCAAAACGAUGGCAAGCGGUUUGUCGACGUCAUGGAACAGAUGGCCGAAUACAAAGUGAUUCGAGAAAUCGACAUGGCAGCGAGACAUGAUGCUGCUGUUUAUGUUGCCAAUCAAAACCGAAUAAAACGGGGCGAGUUUUCAGAUCCUGACGAAGACGAGUUUGACGAUGAAGAAGAGGACGAUCUUGAUUGUGAUGAGGACGAAGACGAGGACGAAGACGAGGAUGAAGAUGACCAUGAUCUUCAAACCAUUCCCUUUGACAGUUCCACUGGUGAUGUUGCGAAAGUAAUGCUUAGAGGAUUCGCAACCAGAACCUUUGAAUAUCGUAUUUUAUUGGCAUUCCGCGAGCAUGUUGCCAAGCAGCGCCAGAUGUCACUUUUCGCUGAACUCGAAGCUGAGGAAGCUCGUAUACGCGAAGAGAAGGAGCAAAAGAAGCUUCGCGAUCGUGAAAAGCGUAAAGAUAAAAAGCGAGCUCAACAGAAAUUGAAAGAGGAGGAGCGUGCGCGCAAAGAGCAGGAGCGGAAAGCCAAAGAAGAAGCUCAGAAGGCCAAAGAGGAAGCAGCACGCUUAGCGCGUUUGGAGGAGCAAAGACUCAAACAAGAAGCGCACCGUGCCGAAAUUGAGGAGCGUCUGAAGAAGCUGGCUUUGGAAGAGGAGCGUGAGCGUCAGCGCGAAAAGGAACGUAAAGAGCAAGAACGACAUGAGGCAGCGCGUCGGGAACUGGAACGUCUCAAAAGCGAAGCCGAAGCUGCAGCCAAAGAAGUGGAAGCUCGAAAGCGUGAACAGGAGCGUUUAGAAGCAGAGAGGCUCAAGGAAGAAGAACAGCAAAAAGUAAUCGAGCGCCAGCGUUUGAUCAACGAGCAAGUCCUUCAAGAGGAGUCUGCUGCAGCCGCGGCCGCAGCCGCUGUCGAAACUGUGCACCCUCGUCAUGAAACUCCUAUCAGUUCUGAAUGGAGCUCUGGCCCUCAAGACGAGGAAGUUCGGGGAUGGAGUCCGCUGGGCGGCCUCUAUCAAGCCAACCCGCCUCUCUCUCGGGCUCCAGUUGGCUCCGGCACCUCUAAAUGGCCCAACUGGCCUCUUGGCUCGACUUCCCCCAUCUCUGUACCCUUACCUAUCGGGACUACCCCCACCAGAAGUCACGUAGGCGGAUCGUUAUGGUCGAGCCAAUCUAUCUGGUCAACAAGCUCUUUGGACAGUGUCCAGAAUGCCGCAUUGCUGAGCUACGACCGCCUCGCUUUCGAAGGAGCUGCGGUGGAUGGCUACAUUCCCUCCCAGGCACUUUAUCAGGCAACUGUCAAGGUACUGGGUAAUAGUAUACUGAGCCAAACCGAUUUCUACAACGCUUGCGGUGUAGCAAAUAACAAUGGCCCAUUCUUCUGCUUGAGAGAUAGUGUCGGUAUCGUCACGCACUUUCGUCGCAAAUAA